AUGUUGGUGGGUCCGGCGACGUUUCUAGAGGGGACUCUACCGCACCCUGGCUUCACUACUGUGUCGACGUCACGGGCGCCGACAACGGAGAGUACGAUCUACAUUCAAGUACGCUACACCAACCACUUUUUUUCGGUGUGCCGGCAACCCCUUUGCACAAUCAGGUCCCCGAUUUUGGCAUGCACCAGCGGGCUCGGCAUCACCGUGCGCUACGUAGUCACGACGUACGCGGUGAUUUUGACGGCAUUGCGGCUGUUUGUCAUGUACUACCCCAACACGAGAGCCAAGUACGGAAGAGUGACCAGAGAGAAGCCGUGGGCUUGCGGUCUAGCAGCCACAUACCUUUUGGGGGAAACGGUGGUGAGGUUGGCAGCUGCAGUGCAGGGCACAAAGAGGGUUGCAACCGUCAUGACCAACCUGGACCCUGUCUCGGUGUUCAUCACUAUCACGGCGGUGGUGUGCCUCGGCCGCCAGUUGAAGCGGAUACACGACCUCAGAAACAUGGGCCGGAUGUUCGCCUGGGUCGGAUCGUUGGCUCACGUACGGAUGCUAGGGGCGGUGUUCACGGCGAUCCAGGUGCUACCACUCUCUGCCCUGGCGUUCAAGUACUUCAGCAUCGUUUUCAUGACCUUAUCGCACCCGGCCAUCGUCUGGAUUUUGUGA